AGAGAGAGAAAGAAACACAAAGGAAAUGGAGUUCUCAAACUUCCAAUCGUCUCCCUGGCAUUUCUUCUUCAGUGCUCCUCUCCUCUUUCCCUCAUAUUUCACGCAGGAAAAUUACGUCCAUUGGACCGAAACACCGGAGUCUCACAUUUAUUCGGCCGAUCUUCCAGGUGUGAAGAAGGAAGAAAUUAGAGUGGAAGUGGAGGAUUCAAUAUACCUAAUAAUCAGAACGCAGGCGGUGGACGGAGAGGCAGAGCCGGCGAGGAGCUUCAUGAGAAAAUUCAAGCUUCCUGGUAUGAUUGACGUUAAUGGAAUCUCCGCUGGCUACGAAGAUGGGGUUUUGAGGGUUACCGUUCCCAGAUCUUUCGUCAACAGGCGGGUCCGUAUCGAUCCUGCAAAUCUGCCGGAGCGCUAUGAAGUUCUUGCACCAGCGGCCUAAAAGGGA